AUGCUAAUUCUGUCUUCAUUAGCUUCCCCCACCGUCACCGCACUGGAGAUACUCACCGGAUAUCGUGGCGACCAGGAAUCCUGUAAUCUCGUCCAGAACGGUUUAGCCGCGACCGUUGCAAAGGCUUUUCCCAUCAUAUAUUCACUGAUUCUCAAACUCCAGGGCGAAAAGAUAGAAGACCCCUUGAAAAUCAUCACCGAUCUCGUUCCUCUCAGAUGCCUUCGCCACCUCACGCUGGGCCGGCGCUUUGCUUCUCACUGCGGAACAUCCUAUCUUCAAGCCCUGUUAUCUACACUACCUGAGCUCGAACUCCUGGACGCCUACUUCAACAAGUCUGUGGUGGCGGCGCCUUCCCCCGCUCCACGCCGUAUCGUGGUGCCUCAACUCCGCCGCUUGAUUUGUCGCGGCCGUUGGGAAGCCGUCGCGGACCUGCCGUCCGCCAUUCAGUGCCCCUCCCUUGAAGAGCUCCGCAUAGCACUGCGACACGCUCACGGACCCGUGUCUCACGUGAACUGCGACGUCCUCUGUGCAUGCGUGCGUGCUACUGCCGACCCAGACUUCGCUCCUUGCCUGCGCAAGCUAGAUAUCCGCGCGCCGGUUGGCCGUCAGAUUAUCUCGGACUCGACGCCCUCUCCAGUACGCCGGACCCUUGCGGAUAUCCUCCAUCCCCUCUCUUCCCUCGAGCACCUGAAGGAUUUCUCCUUCGUCAUGACCUUCGAGUAUCACGUACUCCCCCUCAUCCCACAUACUUCGGAUAGCGACAUGCGCACUUUCGCCGCAACGCUCAGGCGCGCCCGGCGCGUCGCGCUGGAGCUCAAGGACAUUGCGCCCCUCGAAUCGCGGCCCACGCUGCGCUCCCUCGUCCACUUCGCGACGCUCUGUCCGCAGCUCGUCAGCUUGUCGAUAUCGCAGGUCGACGUCGACUCCGCCAUCCCUAGCGAGCCAUUCGUGCGAUGCGACACGCUGCGGACGCUGCGUCUCGUGGGCACAACUCCUCCGAAGGAACCGGGACGGCUGGCCGCGUUCCUACACGACCUGUUCCCCCAUUUGGACCUUGCUGAAUGCGCCUUCCCGGACUACGUUGGGGAGGGCGCCGUCGUGCAGGACGAACUUCGCCUACUACAGCAGGAUGCUAGUGAUCACUGA